CGAACCUCCUGUCUCAGCCUCCUAAAGUGUUGGGAUUACAGACGGGCACCACGGCACCCAGCAAGAGGCUGACUUUGGAACCCUAACCCAAUGCCGGGCCUUGCCUCCCUGUGAACAGACACCGCCAGGUUCCAGGCCACCCUGGUUCCCUCGGCCGGGAGGACGGGACUCUUCUGUACCGCCAGAGACCUGGAAGGGUGGAGCGGUGUCCUCCCUGGGCCGGCGCAGUGACGCCCCGCUGGUACCCCGUCGGGAGCAGCAGCCUGCUCCGGGGCGGGCAGCACAAAUGGGUCUACAGCGCGGGGGACGGCGCCCCUCAAUGUCCCCGCCCACACGAGCAAGCACACACCCCAGCGAGCGUUUCCUCCUCAGCUCGCUGUCCCUGGACUGUCCUGGCUGCAUGUCGCUGCCGCUGCCGGAGUCCAGGCCCGCCAUGGCCAACGCCUCCCUGAAGCCGCUGUGCCCCGUCCUGGAGCAGAUGAGCCAGCUGCAGGCCCACGGCAACUCCAGCCUGCGCUACAUGGACCACGCGUCGGUCACGCUGCACGGGCUGGCGGCGCUGCUGGGCCUGGCGGAGAACGGCCUCAUCGUCUUCGUGGUGGGCUGCCGCAUGCGCCAGACCGUGGUUACCACCUGGGCGCUGCACCUGGCCCUGUCCGACCUGCUGGCCUGCGCCUCGCUGCCCUUCUUCACCUACUUCCUGGCUGUGGGGCACUCGUGGGAGCUGGGCACGGCCUUCUGCAAGCUGCACUCGUCCGUGUUCUUCCUGAACAUGUUCGCCAGCGGCUUCCUGCUCAGCGCCAUCAGCCUGGACCGCUGUAUGCGCGUCGUGCGCCCGGUGUGGGCGCAGAACCACCGCUCGGGUCUGCCCCCUGCUCCGCUGGCUGCGGAGGCCCCAGGCCACGUCCCUGGGGAGCGAUGUCACGCACAGCUCGGCCUCCAGAUAGGUGCGGGCAGGUCCCUGGAAACCGCGGCUCCAAAACCCCCACCCCUGAUGCUCGCAGAAAUAAAGUGCGCCAAUGCUGUGCGUCUCAACCUCGUGUCUCGGGGAUCCUUGGGCAUAGUCGCCAUGCUCCCACCCUUUGUUUUGAGAUCCCCCUGCCUCAGCUUCCCAGAGCAUGAGGUUGGCAGGCGGGUGCCAUCCCACGGAGUAGUGUUUCCCACACUUGGCGUGGCGCAAGGUAAACGUGGGGUGGCCUCCCCAGAGCAGGGCGGCAAGUCCCGCAGGCGCCGGGGCGGGGAGGGAAGCUUGAUGACCCGCAUCAGGGGUCAGCGCGCCGCCCCUGGUGCAGACAGGCACGGCAGGCCACUCUUACCCCGCAGCCCGUUGCCCGGGGCGCCCUUCUAG